AUGGUUGAUCACGAAGGCAGAGUUCUCGACGCGGAUGAGGACUUGCUCUAUGGGAUCAGAGGUGCGGGCAGUGCAUUUGGCGUUAUAGUGAGCUUGAAGAUCAAGAUCUACCGACUCAAAAAGGUCUUCGCCAGCGUGCUCAUCUACCACAUGGGUCCCGAAGAGUCCAUGCUAGCAGACUUCCUACAACGCUACCAGGACCUCCUCGACGAAGGCAUCCCCGAUGCAUUAAGCCUAGAUGUCGGGGUUUGCAAGGUGCCCAACGCCGAAAAAGCGCUCUUCUGCUCGUUCCUUUGGGCAUCAGGAGACAUCGUCAAAGCAAAAGCCGCUCUCGAAAAGAUGCACAAUCUGGGUCCGAUUUUCAUGAAUACCGUUGCGGAGAUGACUGUGCCUGCGUGGCUUGAAGCGCAGAGCAAAGCCACGCCGCCUUACGGUGUCUUUGCGUUGGGCGGCCCUGCGAGUAUCAUGGUCCCAGCAUUCGACCAAGAGGUAAGGAACGUGUUGGUCAAGUACACGACUAACCUUCCACCAAACCCUGCGACGUUGUGGGUGGUACACCACAUCCGUGGCGCGGCACUGGCAUCAAAGACUAAUUCAUCCUUUGCGUACCGGGAAAAGCACAUCAUGAUCGAAAUCAUCGGCACUUCUGUGGUCGAAGACUUCGCCGAAGAGUCUGGUGACUGGGCUGUUUCGUUCCAUGCGGAUGCAAGAAGACUCAAGCAGACGUUUGAGGGUGGGUACAUUGUCCUUGUUGCGAAGGGUAUCGAGGCCAGGAAGUGUUUCCCAGAUGGACAUUGGGAGAGAUUGCAGGCUUUGAAGAGGAAGAUGGAUCCGGAAAAUUUUUUCAGAUUCAACGUUGUAGGCUUGGAUCGCACGUCGUAG